AUGGCAAGUUUAGCUCAAUUAAACGAAGAACCAGACUUGGAUUCUCUUUUACCGGUUGCUGUUUCAGAAGCGGAAUUGGAAAACGAUUCCAAAAUUGGAUCCGAAGAAUUUUUCAAGCGUAAAUUUACUCCGUGGGGUGGCAAAAGAUCUAUUCCUUUUGAUGAAAUUGUAUUUCAGAAACGUCAAUUCACACCAUGGGGUGGUAAGAGAACCAUGAAAGCUUUGAGUGACCGAAGAGGCUUUACACCUUGGGGAGCUCCUUUUUUAAUGAUGGUUAAAAAUCGCCAUAUUAUAAUGAUAUUUACAUUGAUUGGAGUAAUGGCAAGUUUAGCUCAAUUAAACGAAGAACCAGACUUGGAUUCUCUUUUACCGGUUGCUGUUUCAGAAGCGGAAUUGGAAAACGAUUCCAAAAUUGGAUCCGAAGAAUUUUUCAAGCGUAAAUUUACUCCGUGGGGUGGCAAAAGAUCUAUUCCUUUUGAUGAAAUUGUAUUUCAGAAACGUCAAUUCACACCAUGGGGUGGUAAGAGAACCAUGAAAGCUUUGAGUGACCGAAGAGGCUUUACACCUUGGGGAGGUAAAAGAAACUUUAGCAAUUGGAAUAGAAAAAGAAACUUUAACCCGUGGGGUGGCAAACGAAACGAAUUUUCUUCUGAAUAAAAAAUAAAAUAAAA